CAUGAGGCCUUUCAGGGGCCGUGAAGGCACCAUGGGGCCGGUCAGACCGGUCAGGUGAGUCUGACAGAGACAGGGAGUCAGACAGGUUUGUGUGAACCUGCUUCACUGAGGGGGAAAAAAACCCUAAACAGACGGAAAAAUCAUCAACUGUGAUCAGAGUCCAGGUCCUGAUGUCUUCAGGUGGAGUUGGUUCUGUCUCCAGGUUUGACCGGGUCCGGGAGGUCCCUCUUUAUGACCAGGUCCCUAACGACUACGCAUGGCCGGACAGGGACUUCCCGCUGCCUCCGCCUCCGCUGCGUGGACCGGCACAGGCCGUCAGCUUGGACCCGCUUCCUCCGCCGCCUCUCCCCGACCAGGCAGCCAUCGGACCCGAGUCCUUCUACCCGCCCAGCGACGACGAGCCGGCAGAGGGCGACUGUGACGCCAUGGACAUCAAGCCGGUCCGUCGCUUCAUCCCCGACUCCGUCAAGAACUUCUUCCGUAGCAACAGCGGUAACCGUGGCAGCAAGCGCUGGUCCCUCCCACCUCCGUCGGAUCAGCCUGCUCCUGACUCUCCCGCACCGUCGUCCAAGAAGAGUGGCAAAAGCCGCACCACGCCGGGUGUCCCCUGCUCCCCGCCGCACUCCGCACCUCCCUCUCCCUCGCUCCCCGGCUCCUACUGGGGCCGCAACGGUAACUCCGGAGCCAGCUACGUCACCAGCAAAGAGCAGGACGGGCUGAUGCUCGGCGCCGAGGCGCUCACGUCUGCGUCCGCCGUCAACAGCAACGUCUCGUCGCAGACGUACCAGGAGCGCGUGGAGGAAUACCACCAGCGCUACGCCUACAUGAAGUCGUGGCCCGGGCUGCUGAGGAUCCUGGGCUGCGUGCAGCUGCUCCUCGGCGCGGCCGUGUUCGCCUGCGUCUGCGCUUACGUUCACAAAGACAACGAGUGGUUCAACAUGUACGGAUACUCCGGGCCGCAGCUGUUCGGUGGACUCGGCGGAGGCAUCGGUGGAGUCGGGGGCGGUUACCAGUACACGGGCCCCAAGACUCCGUUCGUCCUGGUGGUGGCCGGCGUGGCGUGGAUCGUGACCGUCAUUCUGGUCGUCCUCGGCAUGUCCAUGUACUACAGGACCAUCCUCCUGGACUCGUCCUGGUGGCCGCUCACAGAGUGCACCAUAAACCUGGUCCUGGCCGUGCUCUUCGUCGCCGCGGGCGUGGUCUACGUGCGGGACACCACGCGGGGGGGGAUGUGCAACAUGCCGGUGUUCAACAACGGCGUGAACGGCGCGUUCUGCCGCACGGAGGCGGGUCAGACGGCGGCCAUCGUCUUCCUCUUCAUCACCAUGGUGCUGUACUUCAUCAGCGCCGCCGUGUGUCUGAAGCUGUGGCGUCACGAGGCGGCGAGGAUGAGGAAGGAGGGGCUGGCGAUGGAGAUGAAAACAAUUGGAUCAUCAGUUCCUCUGUCUAUACUCGGUCCCGCCUCCAGAGCCUCAGAGACGACGCCCCUCCCCACCCUGCAGCCCGACAUCAUGGACGCGGCGAACAGCGUGCUCGGCGCUCCUGAGAAAAUGCUGCAGCCGGAGAUUCUGCAGGGUCACAUUCCAGCCGGACACAUCCCCAAACCUGUGGUCAUCGCCGACUACGUCGCUAAAUAUCCCAGCAUACGCACGGAUGAAGAGCGGGACCAGUACAGAGCCGUGUUCAAAGACCAGUACGCCGAGUACAAGGAGCUGCACGCUGAGGUCCAGGUGAUGGCCGCCAGGUUUGAGGAGAUGGACAAGAUGAUGAGUGACCUCUACGCACGGCCGUCCAGCCAGAUGGAGAAGGAGAGAAUCAACGGCAUUUUGAUGGAAUAUCAGAGGAAGAAAGCUGACCCGACCUUUGUGGAGAAAAGGGACAGGUGUGAGUAUCUGAAGAACAAGCUCUCUCACAUCAAGCAGAAGAUUCAGGAGUACAACAAGGUCACAGACUGGAACGACGGCAAAGAGUUUCAGUCGGAUAUCAGAAUGCCGGGAACCAGACACAGCCCCCCACCGUACCAGCCUGGUGGAGGCAAACACCACAGCAGCAGACACUCCAACCCGGCCUUUUCCAACUACCCCGGAGACAAGCUGCUCCACUUCUACCGCUGGUCAUCGCCACCGGGCGUGAUGAAGAUCAUGAGCAUCAUCAUCGUUAUCAUGUGCGUGGCUGUGUUUGCCUGCGUGGCCUCCACACUGGCCUGGGACUAUGACAUGAGCAUGAUGGGGAUGGGGAUGGGAGGCGGACUGAUGCCGGGAGCUGGUUACGGCAGCUCGUACGGCGGCAGCGGCAGUUACGGCACCGGUUAUGGCUCCAGUUAUGGCUCCAGUUAUGGCUCAGGCUACGGCUCAGGCUACGGCAGCUCGUACGGAGGUGGCACCGGCGGUUCCUACGGCUACGGAGGAACACAAAUGGACCCCAAAGCUGGCAAAGGCUUCAUCAUUGCCAUUUCAGGCAUCACAUUUAUUGCCGUUCUCAUCAUAUUUGUGCUGGUGGUCUCGAGGCAGAACGCCGCCCGCUCCGCCAAGUUCUACCUGGCCACCAUCGUCAUCUGCGCCAUCUUAGCUUUUCUGAUGAUCAUCGCUACGAUUGUGUACCUGGUGGCAGUGAACCCCACUGCUCAGUCCACGGGAUCGGUGUACUACAGCCAGAUCCGUCAGCUGUGUGCGCAGUACCAGACGCAGACCCAGGCUCAGGGAAUCUUCCUCAACCAGUACCUGUACCACUACUGCGUGGUGGAGCCACAAGAGGCCAUCGCUAUCGUCCUGGGCUUCCUGGUGUUUGUCGGCCUCAUCAUCCUGCUGGUGUUUGCCGUAAAGACUCGAGCUCAGAUCCGACGAUGGGGCGAGGAGAGAAUUCUCUGGGAGGAAGUGAAGGUCGUCCCAGAUGGUCUACACACCAGCAUCGGGGAGUGGGUGAAUAAUGUGUCCGGCGUUCCAGAAGUACCGCUGCAUGACGCCAACGACAGAGUCUGGGGUUCCCGAGAUUAUCUGGACAAACUGGACAACAACAAACCUCUGUACCUGCCGGGAGAUUCAGACAUCGGCAGCUCUGUUGGAGCUCCGAAGACCAGACUGAAGGACUACGACACUGGUGCGGAGUCUGGAGACGACCUGGAGGAGGAGGACUUUAGCGCGUUGUUUCCUUCCAUCGUGGACGAGCACGAGCGGCUCGUCUACAAGCGGGAGUUUGACCACGACCACCAGGAGUACAAGGACCUGCAGGCCGAGCUGGACGACGUCAACAUGGACCUGGCCCAUCUGGACAAAGAGCUGAACCAGCAACCUGAGGGCAGUCCACAGUUUCUGGACGCCAUGAGUGAAUACACCAGACUGAAGAAUUUCAAGAAGUCUCCAUCUUACCAGAUCAAGAAGAAGAGGUGCAAGUAUCUCAGGUCCAAACUGUCGCACAUCAAGAAAAAGAUCAGCGAGUACGACCGGCGACCCUGAGCCUCCUCCUCACCUUUGACCCCGCUCACUGACCUGUGAUUGUUCGCCGCCAUCACUGUGUUUGAGUCCAUCUCAAAUGUCCAGUUUGUGUGAUAUUCAUCGUUAAACCCAAGGACGUAACGUGUUGUCAGAGACGAGCAGGUGAAGGAAUUAUCGACUUUUUAACUUUGUUUGUGUUUUAUCAUUUUUAUUGUCUUUGAUCAACUCUUAAACCUCCAAGUUUCUCACAAGAACCAUUUUAAAGAACAAUCAGUGUGUUUUUCUCCUCAACUCGGAGAACGACAGAACUAGUGAAGCAGAUAAUGUGCUUGUGUGUUUUUUAAUAAAGUUUUUAAAAUAAGUGAUGGCGAGAUCAUGUGACACGCCUUCACUGACCAUACCUUGUAAAUAAUAAUAUUUUAUUUAGGUUUAAUAGCUCCGUUCUAAGCGUGUCUGUGAAUUUUUGAGCUGUUUUCUGUAAAUGAUGAAACCGAGGAGUCUCACGUGUUAACCUGAUCAAUGAAGACUGCUUUAUUUCUAUUUUGAACAUGUUUCUUUUAUUGUAAUUCCAUUUAUUUCCAUGUUACAAAAACAAAUAAACAAUUCACCAUUUCUUUAACAA